UAUCGAUAUUUCUAUGUAUCGAGAAACUUUCUACUGUGGGAAUAGAAAACAUUGAAAAAAUGCCUGAAACUGUUAAAUCUUUUCUGUAAUUAGCAUUUAUUUAAUCCUAAAGGAUUAAUCGAUUGAAAAAUGUUUCCAACUAAUCGAUUAUUGUUAUCACUUCGAAAAACUGCCCAGAGUUACCUCAAGAGAGGCAUAACCUCAAAGACUGCUGUCACCCCAGAGCCAAAUGAAGAAUCAGACACCGUUGUCAAAAAUAUUGUUGUCUCCCAAACUGGGCCUAUACGACUAUUUGGUCUGAGUCGUCCUCAGAGAAAAAAUGCUCUGGACAGUGCAACAGCUCAAGAGUUGGCUGAAGCUCUCGACGAAUUCGAUGAGAAUGAAGAAAUGAAAAUCGGAAUUGUUCAUGGGAUUGGUGGUAAUUUCUGCUCAGGAUUCGACCUAGGGGAAAUAGCAAAAUCAGAAGGAGAUUCUGACAGGUUGCCCCACUUUGGAGCAUUGUGCACACGAAUGCAGCUCUCGAAAAAGCCUUUGAUUGCAGCUGUAACUGGAUAUGCAAUUGGAGCAGGAUUUGAACUGGCUCUCAUGUGUGAUUUGAGGAUUCUCGAGCAGAAAUCACGAAUGGGUUUUUUAAACAGGAGAUUUGGAAUUCCAGUGAUGUGUGGUGGAACAGUGAGAUUGCCAGCGAUGGUAGGAUACUCUAGAGCAAUGGAUCUCAUAUUGACUGGAAGAGAAAUCAGCGGAGAAGAGGCCUUCAACUGGGGAUUGGGAGCUCGUCUAGUUGCCUCUGGCUCAGCCCUGGGCCAGAGCAUAUCUAUUGCCCAAUCAAUUCUGAAAUAUCCUCAAGGGGCUCUGCUGGCAGAUCGAACGUCCAUGAGCUAUGCAACCUUCGGUGGAAAACCAAUAGAAGAGGCUCUGGAAUUCGAGCGAGACAAUGCGACUGAUUUGCUUCUCGACGGUGGGAUCAAAGGAGCCCAGCGAUUUGUCGAUGGAUUCGGAAGGCAUGGAAAAUCCACGAAUAUCACAACCAAUGAUAGAACUAGUUUCAGAAGUCUGGAGGAUGAUGUGUUGUAGUUACUUCCUAAAAUAUUCAACUUAGCUCAAUAUUUCCUAAAAAUACAAUUCGUCUGCCCUUCGAUGUUCUAAAUAAAUCCCAAAAAUAAUUCAUAA